GGCAGCGGCGCUAGGCUUUUCGGGGGGCCGCGCGGUUCGCAUGCUGAGGGGCCAUCGCACCGCGGUGUCCUCACCCUUGCGGCCCCAGUCCCCGACCUCCAGGCAGUGGCCCUCAGGCCCGCGAGCUCACACAGGGACCCACAGGCGAGCAUGAAGGUUCUUCUACUGAAAGACCCUAAGGAGGAUGACUGCGGCCAGGAUCCGUAUGUCAAGGAAUUGGGGUUGCACGGACUUGAAGCAACGCUGAUUCCCGUCCUGGCCUUUGAGUUCCUGUGUCUUCCUAGUCUCUCAGAGAAGCUGUGUCAUCCUGAAGACUUUGGGGGCCUCAUUUUCACGAGUCCCCGAGCAGUGGAAGCCGUGAAGUUGUCUUUGGAGCAAAGCAAUAAGGCACAAGCCUGGGAAAGGUCCCUGAGAGAGAAGUGGAAGGCAAGGCCCGUGUACGUGGUGGGAGACGCCACUGCUUCCCUAGUGAGUCAAAUCGGGCUGCGUGCAGCCGGAGGACGCUGUGGGAACGCAGAAAAGCUUGCGGAGUACAUUUGUUCCCAGGAGUCUGGGCCCCUGCCUCUUCUGUUUCCCUGUGGCACCCUCAAAAGAGAAGUCCUGCCCCAAAUGCUCAAGGACAAAGGACUCCCCUUGGAAAGCAUAACUGUCUAUGAGACUAUUCCGCAUCCUGGCAUCCAGGGGAACCUCAACAGCUACUACUGCAAGCAGGGCAUCCCAGCCAGUAUCACCUUCUUCAGUCCUUCAGGCGUUAAAUACAGUCUCGAGCACAUCCGGGAGUUGUCUGGUGACAGCAUGGAGCGGAUUAAGUUUGCAGCCAUUGGCCCCACCACAGCCUGCGCCCUGGCCGCCCAGGGCCUUCACGUGAGCUGCACCGCCGAGAGCCCCACCCCACAAGCCCUGGCUGCUGGCAUGCGGAAGGCACUCCAGCAGCCUGGUACCUGUUGAACCACUUAACACCAUCAGCUGCUACCCAGAGUAGAACUGCACGGAGGACGGGAAUGGCGACAGACUCGGGCUGGCGGUUCACCC